ACGCCCUUCUUUCUUUCAGAUUUGUCCCCUCCUCUUCCAUCGUCACGGAAGAUACGCUUCCCGUUUCCCCGUCGGAGAUUCUGGGUUUCGUGGGAGUGCAGCUGUGCCAGAGGAGAGAAAGUUUUCACUUUCUCUGUUUGGUCAAAGGGUGAUUCGGGAGCGCUUUUCCAGAGAUGGCCCUCACCAAAGGUCGUAGGCUGACCAUGAACGACGGCAACACCAUCCCUGUGAUCGGAUUCGGUACGCAUUGCGCAGAUCCUAGUCAAAAAAGGAUAUGUUUGGAAUCCAUCAAGAUAGCAAUCGAAGUUGGCUUUCGCCACUUUGACGGCGCAUAUUUAUAUGGCACUGAAGAGCAAGUUGGACAAGCCAUUUCUCAGAAGAUUGCAGAUGGAACGAUAAAAAGGGAAGACAUUUUUUACACUGGAAAGCUUUGGAGUACCUUCCACCGGCCUGAGUUAGUUCGGAAGUGCUUAGAAGAAUCGCUGAAGAGGCUCCAGUUUGACUACAUGGAUCUGUUCUUAAUUCACAAUCCUUAUUCUCUGAAGCCUGGACCAGAAUUGGUACAGAAGGGAGAAGAUGGAAAAUUUAUUACUGACAUCGUAGAUCUUCGUAAAACAUGGGAGGCAAUGGAGGCGUGCAAAGACGCAGGCUUGGUGAAGUCUAUUGGAGUGUCUAAUUUCACCAUUAAGCAGCUGGAGAUGAUCCUGAACAAGCCAGGGCUGAAAUACAAGCCUGUUUUGAACCAGGUUGAAUGCCAUGCUUAUUGGAGCCGAAGCAAGCUGCUGACCUUCUGCAAAUCACAUGGGAUCCUCCUGGAAGCAUACAAUGUUUUGGGAACUCAGAGGGAUCCUGAAUGGAUAGAUCAGAACAUGCCUGUUCUGCUUGAAGACCCAGUCUUGAACGCCAUUGCCAAGAAGUACAAUAAAAGUCCUGCUCUGGUGGCUCUGCGCCAUCAGUUGCAACGUGGCCUGGUGGUCAUUAUCAAGUCUGUGAAGAAACACCGGAUUGAAGAACACAUGCAGGCAUUCGAUUUCCAUCUCUCAGAUGAAGACAUGAAAUCCAUUGAUGGUCUCAACAGAAACCAGAGUUACUAUAAAAGUGGAAUAUUUGAUCACCAUCCCCAAUUUCAACAGCCAGAUAACUGAGGAAUGAUUCACCACGUGUGAUGACGUUGUUACUUUAGAGACCCGUUACAGCUGCAUCUAGCACUAUUGUUUGUUUUGUAGCCUGUGGCUCGGGCAACAGAAGUGCCAAGAUUGUUCUUGAAUCAUGAACUGCAGAAUUCCUCACUUCCUGUUGAUCACACCCAUCCUGCACCAACCGUAUCCAGAAGAUCUGCAUGCAUUUCAGAAGGCCAAAGUCAAAUCAGUCAUUUGUAGGAUUUCUCUACAUUACACAAAUACUCGUACAUUGUUUUAAUAACCAUUCCCUCCUCCCAAGGAUCCCCAGGGGACCAGCAGCCUGGGGA